UGUGUGUUAGCUAAGCGUCUAUGACCUGCUUGUACGUCCCAAUGACAGACACUGAAAGGUGGUGAGAAUGAGCUUCAGAUUGCGGACGUUCACUUAUUUGUGAUCAAAAUACUUAAGGUUGAGUCAGAUCAGUCUGUGAAGAUGCCAGCUGGAGUGUCUUGGCCUCGGUACGUCCGGAUGUUAGGAGCCAGUCUUUUGGCCAUGUUUGCAGGAGCACAGGCUGUCCAUCAGUACUACCUACCUGAUCUGAGUAUACCAGAGGUCCCGCCAAAGCCUGGUGAGCUUCGAACAGAGCUGCAGGGCUACAAAAUCAGAGAAGAAGCCUUAAAGAAGGCUAAAUCAGGACAAGAUGUCAGCUGAUGUGGAAUUGUACUGCCUCUGUGUGACAGACUCUUAAUGGAGCAGACAACAGCUACAGGCUGCACUGUGUUUGGGAACAGUCAUUUCUGGGAUGUCUGCACAUAAAUAUUUUCUAAAACAGAAAUGAUGGUGGUGUUUUCUUCUUAUGGGACAAACAAGAGAGAAAUAAAAUGCCACACUCUGGACAUUCGAAUGUGUUUGUAUUGUUGAAGAAGCACAAAAACAGAUAUUUCCUCAUGAAAACAUGUAACUGUACUGGAAUCAUGAUGGACCCC